CCAAGUCUCCCCCACGUCCACAUCGCACCCUCCCCGCACCCCGUCGAGAUGGCGUCGCAGCAGAAAGAGCUGCAGGACUUGACCGACGAGUUCGCCACGCUCCAGACCGAGCUCCAAAGCGUUGUCGAGGCGCGCCAAAAGCUCGAGUCGCAGCAGCAGGAGAACAUAGGCGUGCAAGCCGAGUUUGACAAGAUUGCCGACGACGCCAAUGUCUACAAGCUCGUAGGCCCCGUCCUCCUGAAGCAGGACAAGUCCGAGGCCGUCAUGGCUGUCAAGGGACGAUUGGAGUUUAUUGAAAAGGAAAUUAAGCGCAUUGAGGACCAGAUCAACGAGAUCCAAGAGAAGAGCGAAAAGAAGAAGAUGGAUGUCAUUGCUCUGCAAACCACGAUGCAGCAGCAGGCACAGGCUGCGGCCUCAUGAGAGAAGGCCUAGACAUGGCCAGGAACUAUUUUCAACCCACCCCGCAUGGCGACAUCCACGGUGUCGACGGAAACCACCGACCCGUAGACUGAGCAUGCUCCAUGGAUUGACACAGCAUCGCAGACAAACUAAAUAUGCUUCCAUGGUAUCUCAGUUCCGGUCGAGACCUGAGAACUAUGCCUGCCUCACCGACGGCAGGAGCGCGACUCAGACAGAAGGACCGAGAUGUAUUCAAUGCCAAAUUCCGAUAUACCUCAAAUUCAGCUUACUUUCAUGGCCCUGGAUUCGCUAUCAACACGUCUUCGAUAUGGAUCACUUUCUCACAGCUUAUCAUCAAGAUGCUCACGCUAUGAGCCAAAAGUACUAUAUUCGCCUGCAUGUAACAAGACUGAUCGAUUCGCGCAUGCUACCAAAGAAAAAGUUCCCUGGCU